GGCAAAUUCAAAUUGUUUACAAAUUCUUAUCAAUAAUUUACUCAAGAAAAAAUUAAAUAAGUAAUUAUUAAAUACACAUUAUGUAAAAAAAGGUUAUCGACUAAAGAUUGCAGUAAUCACUUACAAUAAUUGCCUAAUCGAAUGUGCUAAUGAUAAUUUCUUUAACCUUAAUUUUCAAAAAAAUGUUAAUAAUGCAAAGUACUUUAAAACUAAUACUCAAUAGAUCCUGUAAGGCUCAACAUUGUAGAGCCCUGGGUCAAUAUUAUAACCACAAAAAUAACGAUUACAGGGGACAGAAUUUUAAAAACAAAAAAACACCCCUAGUUAUUGGCACUGCUAUUACAAGCCUUGUGGGAUAUUAUCUAUUUAUAAAUAAAAAUCAAAGACAUGUAUAUGCGAAGGAAGCAAAGAAAGAGGAAACCAAUGCCGGUGCUUAUUGUAAAGGUUUACCUUCAUAUUCAAUGUCUGAAGUUAAUAAGCAUACAACAAAAGAGGACAAAAUUUGGGUAGUUUACCGCGAAGGUGUCUACGAUAUCACAGAAUUUGCAGAACAACAUCCUGGUGGCGAUCAAAUUCUAAUUGCUGCCGGAGGCAGUGUAGAACCAUUCUGGUUACUUUACGGUAUCCAUAAAAACGAAAAUGUAUUUAAGAUCUUGGAAAGUUUUAGAAUCGGUAAUCUGAAAAAAGAAGACCAAGUUCAAAUAACGGAUAUUGAAGAUCCUUAUGCUAAAGACCCCAUAAGACAUGUAGCUUUGAGGCCAGCCAAUAUGAAACCAUUCAAUGCAGAGGUAUCACCAGCUCUAUUAUGUGAGAGUUUCCUUACUCCCAAUGAUCUAUUCUAUGUCAGAAACCAUUUGCCAGUGCCUGAAGUAGAUCCAGCAACGUUUGAAUUAGAAAUUGAAGUGGAAGGUACCAGAAAGACUGUAAGUUUUACUUUGGAAGAACUGAAAAAGUUUCCCAAAGCAACAAUUACGGCUACAUUAAUGUGCGCAGGGAAUCGAAGGACUGAAAUGACAAAGGUGAAAGCUGUGAAAGGUUUAAGUUGGGGACCUUGCGCUAUAGGAACCGCAACAUGGUCAGGAGUAAGACUGAGAGAUUUAUUGCAAAAAGUCGGAGUAACUGAUGAUGAAGAAACGCUCAAGCACGUGCAGUUUGAAGGCCUAGAUUUUGAUGUAACGGCGAACCAAUACGGGGCUUCCAUACCACUAUGGAAAGCUGUCGAUAAACGUGGUGAUGUAAUUUUAGCUUACGAAAUGAAUGGGGUUCCUUUACCACCCGAUCACGGGUACCCAUUAAGGGUUGUGGUUCCUGGAGUAGCUGGCGCAAGAAAUGUUAAAUGGCUUGGUAAAAUUGUUGUGUCCCAACAAGAAAGCUCUUCUCAUUGGCAGCAAAAUGAUUACAAAGGUUUUUGCCCGUCUAUUGAUUGGAACAAUGCCGAUUUUAGUACAGCUCCUGCCAUACAAGAAAUGCCUGUAAUUUCUGCUAUUUGUAGACCAGCAGAAGGGGAUGUAGUAAAAGUUGAAAAUGGAUUUAUAAAUCUAAAAGGGUAUGCUUGGUCAGGUGGUGGUCAAAAAAUUAUCAGAGUCGAUGUAACAACAGACGGCGGCAAAACAUGGCAAAUUGCCAAACUGGACGAUCAAGAUGCUGCACUGCCUCCCAGACAUUGGGCGUGGACUUUGUGGUCAGCUCGGAUACCUGUAGAUCCCAAAUUAAAAGAAGUGGAAAUUUGGUGUAAAGCUGUAGACUCGUGCUAUAAUACUCAACCAGAAAGUUUUGAGAAUAUAUGGAAUUUUAGAGGGGUUCUUAGUAAUGCAUAUCAUAGGGUUAAAGUUAAAUUAGGCCAAUGAUUCAUUUAUUAAUUUUAUACUGCUUAGGAGGAAAUUUUAUUAGGCUUAAGUAAUGGAUGGGAGCUUUGCAAAUGAGAAAAAAAAUAGAAAAAUCUGUUCAAAAUGUGCGGUAAUGCCUUAUAUUGGUUGUAAUAUUAUCUUUUACAUUUUAGAUAUAAGUAUAAAGUCUACUCUAAUAAUAAUAAUAAGUUAAUUAAUUUUUCUUUAUAUUUAACAUUCCUUAUCAAUAAAAACAUAUUUUAUCGCUCAUUUCUAUAA